AUGUUAUCUCUUCCGGGUUAUUCCUUCGCGGAACAUUACCGGAAAGUCACAGGCCAAGAUCUCCCUGCUUUCACCCGGCCCAGUAGACAGGAAACGGCGGAAUAUUUUCGGAUGUAUCCGGAAGCAGUUGGGAUUGCGGAUGUUUUCAAGAGCAAUGAAACCCUGGCCGGUAUUUCCAGAACAGAGAAUGGCUUUUUCAUUGAGUCACACAAUAUCCGUUGCAAAAACUUGGUCUUAGCGAGCGGCAUCUUUUCCGAAGUGAUAAAGCCUCGUCCGCUGCUCCAGCCUCUCCUGUCGCUUCAACCAGUCCCAGAUAUCCCUCUUCUCAUUAUUGGGUCUGGGUUUUCAGCUGCAGAUGUAAUUAUCUCAGCACCAAAAGAUCAGAAGAUCAUUCAUGUAUUCAAAUGGGAUCCUGAAUCCCGGCCCUCUCCCCUGCGGGGCUGCCACCAACAAGCCUACCCCGAGUACGCGGGGGUCUACCGUUUGAUGAAACGAGCGGCUGUUGCGGCAGCGCCAACCACAAAUAAGCGUCCUGCCAGAGUGAAGCGGACGGCAUCAAGCCCGUUUCUCGAAAGCCGUGCUUGGGAUGAGGUUUAUAAAGGAUAUCCGAACACCGAAAUCAUCGGCGUGGACAUGGAGAAGGAAUUCGCUACGGUUACCUUCCGCCGAACUGAUGGAACCACUUUUUCGCAACCUGUACGCGGCAUGGUGUACGCGACUGGUCGCCGAGGCUCUCUUGGUUACCUGGACCGUGGGCUCCUCUCCGAGAUCUUGGAAUGUGAUGAUAAAGGCGAAAUAACCCCAACCGUCUCUGGGCAAACCCUGCGACAGAAGGCAUUUGAAAACAUGGAAAUUGCGAAUAAUAUCUUCAUCGUUGGCAGUUUGACGGGCGACACUCUCAUUCGGUUUGCACAUGGCAGCUGUGCUCAAACAGCAGGCAAACUGAUCCGUACAUAUACUGGGGAAAACAAGGCAGGGACUAAAGCAGUGGCCUCUACUCGAUCACAGGGAUCAUCCCCAGGGGUGAUGCAGGGCAUCGAUGGCCACGAUAUUUACGAAAACGGAAAUCACAGGAUCCAACUCGAUAAGAUUGAUAGCUGCCGGACGGAGUACCCUAUGUCUGAGAAGUCAGGUCUGCUUGGAAGCAUUUGGAAAGUUCUAACAACAAUCUGGUAA